AUGGUCAGUUUAGCUUCAGUGAGUGCGAACACACCCAAAACAUUUGAAUAUGUUCCUUCAUUGAUGUACGUCACCUUUGCGGUCGACAUUAUGGUGGCUUGUUUACUGACAGUGGAGAUGGGUACUAAGAUGUGCAUACAGGGCCUGUUUGCUCCAUCCUCGGGCCAGUCCUUGGGCGUCGGCGUGGACUCGAAGCGGAAUAGGGCCUACUUCCAGCAAUCGUGGAACUGCUUCGAUGCGUCAAUGGUCUUUUUCCUGUGGGCUUCGAUCAUUCUUCAGUGCUUUGAACUGCGCGCUGCAUGGGAGUGCGGACCGAAAGAGGAGACCUGCACGGAGGAGUUGCAAUUCUGGCGACAGUAUGGCUGGCUGAGUGUCCUCCGGUGCCCGAGGCCACUCAUCCUCAUACGAGUCUUUCGCGCAGUCCUAAAAUUGCAAUUGCCUCCCGCCCGAGUGAAUGCUAUUUUUCAGUAA